UUAUAGGCUGCUCCUAAGGUAAGCUUCAGACAAUGGAGAGAAAAGGAUUUGAUUUAUUUUUAAACUAGCCGAUACAAAAAUGAAACAAUAGCCGGAACUGCUGGAGUAUUUGGAAAUUUGGGAUUUUCGAUUCUCUCAGAUGCUGAAUCGGUUUCCUACGGGAUUGAACAGGAACCGGUGUCCACUGGGGGGAAAAAAGAUUCUUUUUAACGCAAACAUUGUGUUGGAAUUGUUAAAAAAAAAUCGAAACAUUAUAUAUGUUUCGGUAAACUGUAGCCCUUAUUUGCGCUCGUGACCGCCACACUCGCCUGUCUUUGUGGGACACAGAGAGAGGGAGAGAGAGGAGAUAAUCCGGAUUGACCAGGAAGAAGCACUGCGGCGUGGUGAGGGUCACGGAACUGAACGCUGGCUGUAUUUAUUCGAAUCCUUUGCCCUUUUUCUCGUCACUUCCAGCAGCUUGAAAGUGAAACUGGGCUGGGCGACCUUAGGUGGGCGCUUCUGCUCUGCUGCUGAAGGUGAGGCGAGGCGAGGCGUCGCAGGAGGAGCAUCUCAUUAUAGUGUAUUAACUGGAGCACACGAGCUUUAAAGCUGCUGUCCUUUACCGUUCACACACCCCCUGACCAAAAACCGCCUCCUGUUUACCGACGAGGCACUCAUUCAUCCACUUUUUCCUCCAACUAACUGCGUGGGCACAGACGCGUUUUGGAGGAAAGACGCCUUAACAGACCGGACACAAUACUGGAUACAAUUUUACACACACACACACACACACCAAACCAAACGCAGCUCCAUACAGAGGAGGAUAUUCGUGUUUAGCUCCCAGGAGCGUUUCGCGUCUGAGAGACAGCCCCGGGUUUGGAGCUGAAGCCUCGGUGGUCUGAAGGAAUUCUAGCUGCUCGGUGUUCGGAGCUGCAGUGUGAGAGGAGAAGGAAGUUUAGGAGCGCCACCGGUGUCGGACCCACUCCUCCUUCUCCAGCCAUGGAUAGCAAAUGGCUAAUUAUAGCCUGUGUCCUUUUUGCAGGGACGAGUAUAGCCCAGAGGCUCGUGUCGGUGCAGCCUGGGCCUAUGGUGCGAACCGAGGGCUCCCACAUGACCAUCUGGUGUAACGUGACUGGCUACAGAGAGGGAGUGGAGCAGGACUUUGAGUGGUCAAUAUAUCUCGAUACAGCUCCUGAUCGAGAGAUCCGCAUCGUUAGCACCGCCCAGCCCAACUACGCCUAUGCCGUCUACGCCGACCGCGUCAAUGCCAAAGAGAUCUACGUCGAGAGACUGAGCAGAGACUCCGCCCUUCUGCACAUUACCAAGCUGAAGGCCCAGGACCAGGGCGUUUUCGAGUGCUACACACCCAACACAGACGGCCAGUACCUGGGCAUCUACAGCGCUCGAACCAACCUUACUGUGAUUCCGGACACGCUGUCCGUCACGUCAGCCACUCAGACUCUGUCCAAGGUGGAAGGGGACACACUGAUGCUGAGCUGUGAGGUGACGCGUCAGACAUCUCAACACACACACGUUGCACUCAGCUGGCAUGUGCGUUCCCCGAACGAGCCGUCUGCCCCGCCGAGGGACCUGGUCACGCUGACACGAGACAUGGUACUGAGGCCUGGGACGUCAUACCGCCAGCGUCUGUCCUCCGGAGACGUGCGGCUGGACAAGACGAGCAGCACUUCUUACCGCCUCACCGUCUAUAGCCUACAGCCAGCAGAUCAGGGCCAGUACUACUGCGAGGCAUCAGAGUGGAUCCAGGACCCUGACCGCUCCUGGUACGCCAUGACACGCAAGCAGUCUGACAAGACCAUGGUCAAAGUUCAGCCCACAGAUCGGGAUUUUAGUAUCCAAGUGACAACAGAUCGCCGGGCCUACACGGCAGGUGAGCCGCUGGAGCUCCGCUGCACCAUAGAUGCUCAGAAUGUUGCUGAGCGUUACUUCUCGGUGUCGUGGGUCUUCAGCAGCUCGUCUAUAGCCGUGGUUGGGCCCAGCGCUGUGCCCGUGCUGGGGGUAAACUAUGUGCAGCGUGAGGCCGCUGGCCUCCUGACCAUUCGUAAGGAGAGUCCAUCUGUCCACCUGCUCAAACUGCAGCACUUGCUUCCCGAGGAUGCCGGGAAAUAUAUCUGUCGAGUGACUGAGCGGGAGAAGACGCCUACCGGAGAGUUCAUCGAUCGAAGCAAGCGCUCCCGUAACGUUCAGAUCACCGUGGCUCCCCUGAGCAGUAACAUUAGCGUGUCAUUGACCAGUAACUCCUCCGAGGUGUUGGAGGGAGAGCACAUCCACUUGACAUGCUCAGUGCAUUCCACAGUCGGAGCUCUGUCCAUCGUCUGGCAGUGGGCAGACAAGGAUGGCAGCGCUCCUGCUGUUGACCUGGCAUCAGUGGACCUCUAUGGCACCAUACAACCUGGAUCCAGUUACCAGGAGCGUCACAGCUACGGGGAGGUCCACGUAGAACGGAUCCAGUCGGACACCUUUACCCUCACCCUGUACAAUGCCUUUCCCACAGACGAGGGGCAGUACCGCUGCAGUGCCACCGAGUGGCUUCAAAGCGGCGGUGCGCCAGCCUGGACGUGGCAGCAGAUCGGAGAGAACACAGCCACCACUGCCGUCACAGUGAAAUCAGUCGGGUCAUCUUUCUUUGUGUUAGCCUCCUCACGCACGCCCAGCGUAACCUUUGGUGACUCGUUUGACCUGCAGUGCAUUGUGAAAUCCCGCCACAGCCCUAGCAUUCCUGCCUCAGUGACAUGGCGCUUCACGCCAGUGGAGGGCGGUAGCGAGCUGCGAGACGUGGUGACGUUCACGCGUGACGGCACGCUGCAGUGGGGUGAGCAGACACUGGGCCUUGGUACACGCACGUCAGUGGACCGCACAGGCAACAACACCAACUUCCGCCUCAGCGUCACCAGAGCUGGGCGCAAAGAGUCGGGGACGUACCAGUGCGCCGCCGCCCUGUACCGCAGAAAUUACAACGGCACCUGGAAGAUCAUCGCUAACAAAACUUCUAACCUGCUGGGCAUCAGUGUAGUGCAGCCAGCAAGCAAGCUACGCAUGCACAAGGUCAACCAGAGCCUGCAGUUUGUGGAAGACAGCCGUGUGCGCCUCAACUGCUCCGUUGCAUCCCAGACGAGUAACGAGUCCCAGCAUGCUGUGCUGUGGUAUGCACGGAAGGGCACGGCAACUGAGCCUGAUGAGCUGCUGUUGAAGAUCGAGCGCACCGGGGUGUUUGAGUACGGUGCGUAUGCUGAGGAGGAGCGCCUGCGCAGCCGCGUGCAGUGCGAACGCCUCUCGCCCAGCCUCUAUGGCCUCACACUGCACCGUGCCGAGACCAGCGACUCCGGAACCUACUACUGCCUAGUGGAGGAGUGGCUCACUGAUCCCGAUGGAGUGUGGUACCGCUUGGCCCGUGACUCCUCUGGCUUCACACACGUAAUGAUCAAGCAGCCGGCCAUCAAAUUACAGGUGGAGGAGACGGAGUCAAACAUCACAGUGUCUGAAUAUGGAUCAUUCCGGUUGGGCUGCAGCAUACCAUCUCAGUCCUCCAAAGACUCUCGCUUCUCUGUGUCAUGGUACGUGUCCCACUCUGAACAAGAAAGUGAACGGGAGUGCAUCUUCUCUAUCGGCCAUGAUGCUGUGUUCGGCAACGGAAACUGCAGUCCGAUGGAGCAGCCAGACCACAACUCUCGACUGCAGUUUGAGCGCCCUACCUCAGAUGUCUACAGCCUGACCAUUCAAAGGGUCCAGCCAGAAGAUGCAGGAAAAUAUUACUGUCAUGUAGAGGAGUGGCUCCUAAACCCACGCAAUGCCUGGUAUCGUCUCACCACGAACAACUCUGGAGCUACCAUUGUUAAUGUUCUUGAAAAAGUCUCGACCCUGCAGUCAGUGGUGUGCUCCAACAACUCGCUUUUCUAUUUUGUUUUCUUCUACCCCUUUCCCAUCUUCGGCAUCCUGCUCAUUGCUGUUCUUCUGGUGCGCUACAAGAGCCGAAAUUCCAGCAAGAAUCAGGAAGGCAAGAAUGGCGCGCCGUUGCUCUGGAUCAAAGAGCCCCACUUGAGUUACUCGCCCACCUGCUUGGACCCCCCUGCUCUCAGCCUCCACCCAGGCUCUGUGGAGUAAAAGGGGCAAAAAGAAUGCCUUCCCUUCCUCAUCCUCUCUCGCUCUCUCUUUGUUUUUUCGCUAUCUCUCCUGUUCCUCAGGAGCGUCGUGGGCUCCUGACUCAGCCCUGUUAACCCCUCCAUAUGGCUGACUGAACCCCUUACUCAGUUGAUGUGGUCAUGGCUGUAGUGGCUGCCAGAAGAAAAGCCGAGACAUUUGGUUUGGUUGUUUAUUUCAAAGAUGUUCUUUGUAUUAUUUACGCACUCCACUCAUCCUAUUCUUACAUUGUCCUCUAAUGAGCAGAAGUGCCUGUGUGUCGCAAAGCAUUCGGUCUUUUUUUUUCCCUUGCCCCCAGACGCACAUGCUCUAUGGCACCCUGGUCUGCAGAUAGAAUGAAGAACAUAUUCUGUAAAGGAUUACAUAUGAUGUUAUUCUCUCUUUCGAACGUGUCGUCUGAGUGCUGCUUUUUUUUUCCACCCAGAUUCAUGAAGGCUGGUGCUCACCUCUUCAUAACGUUUUUUUUUUUCUCCCCCCACCUGGUUCUAAUUUCAGAAGACUGGCUGCUGAUGGCACCAGCCUGUAAAGUUUUCAGACAGGAAUAGCACACAGGCAGACAAGUGCGAUUCCACCAGGUGAUAAAAUCUUGGAAAGGAAGGCAGUGAUCUUGCAUUCUUGACUAGGAGGGAGCCACAGAACUGAUCUCAGACCUGUCUCUGUUUGAACUGAUAAAACAGAGGGGAGAGAGAUGUCACCUCCCACUGAGUCUAGAUACACCUUUUUUUUUUUUUUUUUGUCAGACUCAUCCUCACUGCCAAAGAGCCACUAACACUUGGCUGAUUCUCAUUGCUGAAGACUAACAAACUUAUCCAUGUACACAAACAGUAGUGACUUGACUAGUGUCCAUUUACUCUCCUUCCCCUAGAUAAGAACAUCAGAAAGGAGGAUGUGAUGAGAUCAUUGAAUUCUUGCUCUGAUUGGUCGUUUCACCAAUAGUGUUCAGGAACGGUAUGCUUUUGCUUUGAUCAGUUUUUUUUUUUUUUAUUUCCUCUCUGAACAGGGAAUUUCUAGUUGCUUCCCUAAAAUGACUCCAGACUGCUGGCCUCUGAGGUGUCUAAGCGAUGUGUGUGUGCUGUAAGAAACAUCGCAGUGCUUCACCUCCUACUGUGAAUACUUCACCCAUCACCCCUAAACCUGUAUGUAGUACAAGGCUGAGUGGAGACUGGGACGAGAUUUGGAUUGAACCCAGGUAGGGUGUGGGACUUGAACAUAAUGAGAUGGUUCUUCUCCAUGUCUCCUCAGUUUUAAACUGUCAAUUAUAAACAAGAGACUAUUUGAGAGAGCCUGUUCAGACAUUUCUAUUACACAGGACAAUCCUAGUGCCAAGACCUUUUCAUUGUUUUAUCUGUGCCCUGUGAAAGUGCUCCAGAAGGACAGCAAAGCCUCCAGGCUUAGAGGUACUAUGUAAAUAUGGCUUCCCAGCCCCUGCUAGGGGUUUAUGGAAUAUGUAGGUUCAAAGAGCUGUUCUUACCACUGAGACUUUGAUUCUUCAGUAAAUAUGUAUCAACUCCAAGAUAUAUAAACUCGCUAUAAAACGCCAAGAUAUAUAAAAUCACUCCUCCGACCUCCUUGAAGGGAUCGGAUUUUUCCAUUUCUUUUAUUACUGCGUACAACUCGUAAAGAUUCUUAAAACAAUUAUCUAUAAAUAACUCUUUAAAGGGAGCUCCCAUCAAACACAUUUUGAGAUUCUUCUGUUGUGUUGGAAGUGGUUUAACUACAGAGGGAGCAUAAAUACACCUCCCUUGGGCAUGCUGCUUUGCUUAUUAGGAUGCAUAAGGCAACAAUGAAUUAUAGCGUUUCUUGCUAAAGCAGUGCGAUUUAAUUAUAAAUCACCACACUGAACUUCCGUUAGGUCAGGGUUUGUUUAAACCCAUUCUGAAAGCAAAUUGACACUAAUCUAAUGCUGAAAGCCUGUGGGAGGUGUAUUUUGUGCUCUUUAUGCCCCUGGAGUUCAUAUUAAAAUGUAUUACCUUAAUCACAGCAAAUGGGUCUACAGUAUAUGUACAGGCAGAAUGUGCCUUUUAUCAUCACUUAAGAUGUUUAAUUCAACCUGAAUUAAUAUUUGCUACUACCCGAGGUGUAGCCAAAGAAGUGACACGAACAGGUGCAGCUCAUGUCCUCCCAAAAUGUCCGGUCGUCCCUGUGACCGACACAGAUCUUACCUGUUGUGACUACUGUUGUGGUUCAAGCUUCACUGCUGCAUAUCCUAAACUAACACUUCCAGUUAGAGUUGGCAUCCAGUUAGUCCUGGCGCUUUGGCUAGCUAGCAUGCUAACCAUGUAACGUUAGCCACUGGUUACCCAAAAGACCUACAUCAUCAAACUACUAGAUCCAGGUCGAGGUGUUGGGUUGUUGGUAUAUAUUUUUUUCUUUCUUUCUGCUUGACUUUCCAUUUAGAGCUUUAAAAAUAUUUCAAAGGUUUUCAUCCACUGUAUUAAUGGUAUUGUUGGUAUACACAGAUUUUUCCUUCAUGCUUGAGGUAUUUGCACCAAGCUUUUGGAAAUGAAUACAAGUUAAUGAAAGAAACCUAGCGGUCUAGUUGUUAAAUUGGAAAGUCAAUUUGUGGUAGAUUUAAUCAAUGAUGAGACCACCCCCUCCAUACAGUGGAAUAUUUAUGGGUUGUUUUACAAUCAGGGUACGCAAGCUAAAAAUCACAUUUAACACUUAUUAUCUUCAAUAUCAAAAGGCUUGACUAAAUAAACUUGGUUGUUUAUUGUAGCCCUGUGAUAGCUCUAUUUACCAUGCAAAAAAAUGUUUGGUGAUAACGUUAUUUUUGGUGAAUGUAUGGCAAUAUGUGUCAUAUUUAGCAAAAUUACUCGUGUCAUUUAGAAAAAGUGCUUUUUUGACCACAGGUAGCUCCAAAAGGGAUGCACUUAAAUCAUUCUUUAUACCAUAAAACACAUAUUUGGUUCCAUAUCAUUGGAAACAUAGUUAAGUUUUAAUGUUGAAUGCCAGUAAGUUUUCAGACUAUUUUGAUCAAAUUAGUAUGCAAUUGUGUCCAAAAAUGUCCUCUCCGAGACAGCUAAUUUUUCAAUAUCUCAUCUCAUUAUCUCUAGCCGCUUUAUCCUGUUCUACAGGGUCGCAGGCAAGCUGGAGCCUAUCCCAGCUGACUACGGGCGAAA